CUGCGCAAGGCAAGGCUUUCUUUUCCAUCUUUUGCUUCAUCCUCCUUUUCCAACCACUAAUUAUUAUUUCAUCGCGCGAUUGGUUUUCAUCAAUUAACAUACCGCUAUACCAGUCUCAUAUACUGCACUUGCGAAUCCCUCUAACCAACACGGUGCACCCAAUAUCCAACCAUCAGCACAAAGCGGUUUGCGACAACCUUUAAACGCCCCUUCCUAUCCAGUGCCUUUAGCUGCUCCGUACAGCAAGCCCAAUAUUGUCGGGGAUUUCCAACAUCGCCCCCCACAUCAACACAUCCACUCUAAGGCCAAAGAAGCAGCGCUAUCGUGGAAUCACUACGGUCAACCCAAUAUUCCCGUUCCUGCGCGAUUUCCAAACUCUCAACAUCCUAUAAGUCGAGACAUUCAACAAGAUCAUCAACUCACCGAAUUCACGACACAUCAAACACUUACACAAAACGCUUUGCAACCUCAAGCCGCCCAGGUCACAAUGGCUGGUACGCAGCAGUAUAACUUUCCACCUCCUCCACCUCCUCCCUCCGGGCCGCCGGCUGUAGGGUAUCCCCAACAAAAUCCUCAGUACGGAUAUCAACAACCUCCCCCAUAUCAGCAGACGCGCAAUAACGGUCCCCCAAGAGGUGGUGGAAGAGGCGGUCAUACUGGUCCUCCUCACCCACAUCAAAAUGGUUACAAUGGUCCACAAGGCCCUCCGCAGAUACAGGGCCCGCCAAGCGAUCAAUACAAUCCGCAUAAUCCGGCACCUUACAUAGGACCACCAAACGGUUCUCAAGGUCCUGGCCAUAACGGUCCACCCAAUAAUUACCCUCAGCAAUGGCAACAACAAGGUCAGCAUGGCCCGCCUCAGCAUAAUCACGGUCCGCCUCAACAAGCGCACCAGCCACCCCCUCAGGUUCCUCUUCCUGCUCAGAACUACCAUCCUAAUUAUGCUCCACAAGGCUUCAAUCAAGCACCACCACAGUAUGGUCCACAGCAAUCUGCACCAUUUCAACAACCUUAUGGACCACCUUCCCAGCAACCACAUCAUGGUGGUCCACCCCAACAAUGGCAAGGUCCACCUCAGGGACAACCUCAGUUCAACAAUAACCAUAGAGGCCGCGGUCGCGGUGGCUUCAAUAAUGGCCGUGGAGGUCAUGAAGCACCUCUCAUGGGGCCUCCGAUCCGCAUGGGAUUUGAGAACGAACGUGGAGAUCAUAUGGCUCAAGCGGGCACUGGUUUCCCUACUCCUCACUAUUCCAAUCAUCACACCCCCCCUGCUCCGUUUUCUCAGCCAACCUAUCAAGCGUAUCCCCCACAAAACUUUCCUAAUGGAGGUCAUGGUGGACAGCGUCCACCACAUGAUUCUCAUUCUUUCAACUCGAGCUCUAAUCGGGGCAGAGGAAAUGGGAACUUUAGAGGUAGAGGUCGCGAUAAUUUUCAAUUUCGCGGCCGCGACAACAAUCGUUCUUUCAAUGGCAAUUCACAAUCUCCUCCGAUGCAUUUAAAGCCUGCAGGUGCAGGGGACAAUGCGAAGAAGAAUAAGAAGAAGCGCAGAACAAAUACCCUUGGCUUGACACCGAACGGUGUAGACCAUGAAGAUAGCGAUGAUGAAAUUGACGAUGUUGAUGAAGAAGCCCGUUUGGUCACUUUGCUUGGUCCCGACACUCCACAGUAUGUUUUUGCAGGCGCAGAAGAUUAGUUCUUCUUGUUCUAUCGCUAAUCAAUUUUAGGUUACCUGCAGAUCUCGUGGCAUGGCUCGCUGAGCGUAAAAAUCGCUUCCCUACGAAAGCUCGUAGAGAAGCUGCUGCUGAGGAGCUUCGCUUGAAACGUGAGCAGAAUAAGAACAAUAGGUUCAAGAGAGAGCCUGAAACAAAGGUCGUCAAAAAGGAUGAUGGAGAAACCAAACUCGAGAAACAGCAACGCAAGGCCGAGAAACUCAGAUUAGAACUUGAGAAGGCUGAACGUAAGAUCAAACAGGAGAUGUCCGGUGGAAAACGCAAGCGUGAAAACGGCGACGAGGGUGACGAAGACCGUGGUCAAGUGAGUGAUGAUGAUUCUGAUUCAUCCAGUUCCGACUCAGGGAAGCCGGAGGCAAUGUCGUCGCGAAGCAAUGGUCAUAAUGGUAUUGUACAUGCACGAGCACCACCAACAAAAGCUCAGCUUCAACGUCACUGCAAGUACUAUUCUACUGGUGGCACCUGCGGCAAGAAGGGCAAGUGUCGCUUCGUUCACGAUCUGGACGUCCGUAACCAAGCUUUGCGAGAGAAGGAGUUGAACGGUGGUAAAAUGACCAUUGCGCAACGUCUCAUUCUCAACGAUACCGCCAAGGAUGAUUUGACCAUCUUGAAGUCUAUCAAGUACCUCAAGGAGAAGGGUUUGAUGCCAGAGUCGUCCUCUGUUAGUGCACCACCAGCAGAGGAAACCGAACCCAAAACUGAGGAGAACGAUUACGCCGACGCGCCCGAAUAUGGAGAGGUCUAAUCUUGCUUGUGAAAGUGUUUUUUCUGAAUCUAAUCGAUUCCAAGCUGUCACACAUCAUGAACACUCAGCAUAUCUCUCAAUUUGCUCUCUCGAUAUGUUUGGUAGCCACUGAUGGCGGAGCAGAUUGAAUAUCAGGGACAAGAUGUUAUUUAAUGCGUUUGACCUAUUCACGUUCAUCAAUUUCUACUGACGAUACGCGAGUACUCAUCGAAAGUCUGAUAACUCAAACUUUAUCCUUGAUAGUCUAUCUUUUGCAGUUCUUGCUUUGUAUUUCAAUUUAAUGGGUUGGAGAGGAAGUAAGGGAGCGCUGAGGAGGGUGUUCUUUUCCGUCUUGUACACUUCUACAAUUCUUCGAGGCUAUGCUUCAUUGGUUUCCAGAUUUUUCUUUACUCGCGCUAGCUUUUCCUUGUAUUAGUUACACUUCACUUCAGAAAAGCAAACACAUUUUCAUAUUAUGAAACUUUCUAUCAGAUUUUAUCAAGAUCCAUUACUUGUCAUUCUUGUGCGAGUUUCAUGCCGACGAGCCAGAGCAUGAGUUCCAUGGCAAGUUUGCUGAAAGUCUACCAAACUGAAUGUAAUAUAGUUUCCGUGGUAUUGUGGAAAGGCGGAUGUGUCAGUAGGCACCAACUUAAUUAAUUAGGCUAGAAUACGAGUUCCCAAAUCAAUCUACUCGUUAUGAUUGAGUGAAGAGGCUUCAAUUGAA